AUGUAUGACCCGUCUGCAGCGAUCACAGAGGUACAUACGGAUGCUAGCAGUAAAGCACUUUCGGGAAUACUGCUACAAGGAACCAAGACCGCUGAUCUGCACAUGGUGUAUGCUGUCAGCAAGAAGACGACUGAUGCUGAGUCACGGUACCACUCGUCUCGAUUGGAAUUAUACGCAAUCAUCUGGACGAUAAGUUGGUUGCGCCCGUACCUGAUAGGUACACGUUUUACUGUGGUGACAGACUGCCAAGCUUUGACAUAUUUGAACCUCCACAAAUCAACAAAACCACAAAUAGCACGAUGGUAUGAAGUCCUACAAGAAUAUGACUUUGAUAUAAAGUACCGUCCAGGAUCAAAAAUGGCACACGUAGAUGCACUUAGUCGUGCGGUCGCCGACGACGAUACAGUGACGGAAUCAGUUGAUGCUGAACUCGCUCAACGUGCAUGUGUUUUCGUCGCCAUGUCGGUUCAUGACAGAGUCAGGUUCAUGCAGCAAGGCGACCCGGUGACCAGAGAACAAAUACAUCAGCUUGAGCAAAUAGGACCAAAAACAAAACAGGUAUCAGGUGACUUAAAACAUUAUGAAGUAAUUAAUGGUAUGCUCCACCGCGGGUAUGAUGGACGACUACUACUAGUGAUUCCAAAGCCAAUGCGCAAAGGAAUCGUCAUAGCUGCACAAGACUACGGAGGGCAUUUUGCACUGGAUCGGACGGUGGCAAAAAUCAGUAAGGACUUUUGGUUCUCCCAAUUACGCCGUUAUGUACGUCAACACAUCAGAAUGUGUUUGGAAUGUUUGACGCAUAAGAAACCUUCCGGAAAACAGCAGGGCAUGCUACACCCAAUACCGCCCGGAAAGAGACCUUUCCAGGUCAUCAAUGUGGAUCAUCUCGGUCCCUUUGAGACAUCUACACAAAAAAAUCGGUAUCUACUUGUAAUAGUUGAUAGUCUCACUAAGUAUGUACACUUGUAUCCAUGUAAGACUACUGAUACUUAG